UUAAAGAACAACCAUGACUGUACAGAUCAGGUUCACUAUGACUGUGCUCAUGACUCUCACAUUGAGGCUGGUCAGAAAACUGAUGAAGAAAUGGAAGUGGACCUCUGCACCAUCCUGAACAGGCACAAUAAUAUGGCAAGUAGUGAGCAAAAAACUAACCCAGGCAAAAUGGAGAGACAGCUUGAUGUAAAAUCACAGACACUUUGUAAUGGUGACCGAAAAAGCAAUAUUGCUACUUCAGUGAUUUCUGUCAACAGCAGCAGUCCAUCCCUGGUUAACAAGAAGAGCAAUGCUAAUACUUACAUCUGUAGACCUCAUUUACAGCAAAAAUGUGACAUCUGUACCACCGGUGACUGUUCCCAAAAAGAUGACCUCCAAGAUAUCACUGAUAGUGUCUCUGUAGGCAGCUUUCAUAAUAAAACUGAACAAGAUUUUAAUAACCAGUCUUGUGAGCUUAGUAAAAAUCAGAAGACUGAUGGCAACUGUGAUGGAGAACUUGUCCAUGCCUUUGACACAAAGACAGCCCUGAGCCCUGACAAAGACAACAAAAUGAUCAAAGCAAGUGACUCUGCUUCUUUCCUUUCCUGUAGUCCAACACCGGCCAAACCUGGCAGCGAUGAUCCUCAGAUAGACAGUCCGACAGACAACAGUGCUGAUAGUAAUACUGCUGACCAUCUUGAUAAAUUUGAUUCUUUGUGGACAAACCACUCUUGCACCGACGAGAGAAGUGAAAAUAGCAACUGCACUCAACAGUCUUGCGACAGUUUUGAAGGAAAGUCUGAAUUUAACAAAGAAGGAACCAUCGAUGACAGCAGGGCUGUCGAAGAUCAACUAAAAGACCAGCCACCGGUUGGGAUGCAGAGUGCCAUCUGCAACUACCAUAAGAACACUGACUCACACAGCCAAAACCUUGCUGCCACAAAAAACACUGGUUGCAGCGUUUGUUUCCAAAACCAAAUUAUCUGCAGUUCAUCUGCUGACGUUAGCUUUACUUGCACCUCACCAAAGCAUCAGGUCAAAAGCUUUAACAAUGAAGCCAGACAAUACAGCCAUUCUCAAUCUGAGGUCACAGUCAGCCAGUUGAUGAGCGAGAUUCCCAGCACGAUGUCUACCAGUACUGGGACUGAGUCAGACAUCAGAGUCAAGUCCUCAGAGCACAGCUCAAGCACUGCCAACUCUAAUAAUGAGGAGCCCCCAGAGCAGACUAUCAAACAAGCCAACUGGGGUGCCGGCUCUGAAACUUGUGACCGCUCAGAUACAGCUGAGUCAGCCUUUGACUUUAACCCAAAGAUCAACAGUAACAUUGAUGGCAGGUAUAAUCCCCAUUCCAACACAAAUACAGCGUUCAGAUAUUGCCCCACAUUGAACAGCAGUAUGAAUUACAGAAACUUCUUCAGCCCUUUAUUUGAAGAUAAGCUACACCUAGAAACCACCAAAACAGAAACCAGUAGGAUUAACACUGGCAGCUUUAACCAUAAUAAUAAAACUAUGAAUGAUGUAAACAAUGACAUUCAGUUAAGUGAAAAGAGUACCUGGGUGCAAACAGACAGUGGCAAUGAUGGACAUGAAGCUUCCCUUACAGAGAGGGAGAAGACAAGCGACAGCAACAGAAAACGAGACUGUGAGAAAGAAAUACAGCAAGGAAAUGUGACUGAGGUAGAAAACGAGAGAAUGCCCGGAGUGAGGGUUGGAUCAGUAGAGGCACGUGGGGGCAAUAGUAGGCCCCUUGCCUUGUCUUUCAUGUCACUGCUCCCACACCAGUCUGUUCACAUCAGGUCAAAUAAUUCAACCAAAAACCUUAAGUGUCCAUGGUGCAAUUGGCACUACAAGUACAAGGAAACUUUGGAUGCCCAUGUACGUGAAAAACAUGAGGGGUGUACCUAUGACCCUUCCAAAGACCGAGACAGCCAGGGUCCACAGUCUGACUGUCGCUACUGCAUGUCUGGGAAUGAUCACCCUUUGCUUGGACAGGGAGAGGUCCAUGUAUGUGGGUUCAAACCUUAUCACUGUGCAGCCUGUGACUAUUCCACCAACUCUAAGGGAAACCUUAUUAUUCACACUCAGUCGGACAAACACCUCGUAAGGAUGCAAGACCUCCAGCUUCAGCAAGGGGGGUUGGACAGCAAGGAGGGCCUGUUAUCACAGUCAGAAGGCAGACUAGGCAUUUCACGCAGGGUAGGGAAGAUGGGGCACAUAAAGGGAGUGCUUAACUUUAGAAGCAACUUUCCACAAAACCUGCCCUUUCAAAUGAUGGGCUCCAAAAACCUUAGUAGAGUUUUUCUGAAUCUGGGGUAUCCAAGGGGUCUAGUGGGGCAGCUAACUGUUCCUCCACAGCUAAACUACAAAUAUUACUCACUUAAUUUGUUGAAAACACAGGAUAAAGAUUCACAGCAAAAGCUCUCCAAUGAAUCUGAGAAUCCAGUGCAUUAUAAACAAGAAAAAGGAAAUAAGCUGGAUGAACAAAUGGAGGAGAGGAGGCAUGGAGAGGAGCACGAGAAAACUGAAGAGGAGGUUCAAGAAAAUAAGGAGGAGCAUGUGGUUGAGCAGAACCAUAAGCAGGAAGACAAUACGAACAAAUUGGCUUCAUCAAAGGAGGAGUACAAAGUGGCCUCUCCACCUGCUGCUAUUUUCCAGUGUCUGGUCUGCCUUUCUUUCACCACAAACCAGCUGCCUUUGCUUCUUCAUCACAGCCUGCCCUCUCAGCACUCUUCAGACAGUGACACCUGGUGGAGAGACUUCAGUCCAGAGUCAUCUUCGCACUUGUGUUUGCUCUGCCAGUACUCAACACCUCUUUCAGCCAAUUUUGGGCUUCACAUUAAGACAGGACGUCACUGUAGUCGUCUGGCUGUUGCCCAGCAUCUGCGGAAACAUGGUAUUGACUUUGAAGGGCGUCUAGGCCUUCCAGGACCCCCACCACCUCUUGUCCAUCUAAGCUGCAGAGCCUGCCAGUAUCAGUCACAGAGUUUUGCAGCAAUGAAGCAGCAUGCUAAGACCACAGCACAUGAACAGGCUGUUCUAAAAUAUCAGCAUACAUUUAGCAUAAGCCUCCAGGGUCAGCUAUCAGACCAUCACAUAAGGCAACCAGAAAUCAUUACAGCUCCCAAUGGAGUCAAAUCACCCAAACCUGGUAUAGACAAUAAUGGAGAGGAACAUGUUACCGAUGGAGACUCAGUAACAGAAUUCUGUUGCCCACUGUGCGGAUUUUCCAGCCCUAGCUCUGAGCAGGUCCAGGAACAUUUGGCCUCCCAGCAUGCUGUGCAGGGUCUGUGGCGAUGCCCUCUUUGCCAGGUUGACAUGAAUGAACAAAAGGGACUAAUUGAGCACUUACAGAACCAGCACAGCGUCAUACAGUCAUGUCUUGCUCGGCUAGUUCAGGCGGCAAUGAAAGUGGACAUCAAAAUUUCCAGAAGAGUUAAUCAUUGUGAAUCGGAGUCUGACACUCGUGAAGAAGGUUGUACAUUCAAAGAGCCCAUUGAUAGUGAUGGAGACAGUAAUGUCUCAGGCAAGUCUCCCUCAGAACAAAAAGAGCCUUCAUCCUGCAAUGAAGUGAAAAAUAAAAUAACAAAUGAACUCUCCCAUAUAUGUGAAACGGGUGAUGAAAAGAAGGAGUCUGCCUCUCCUCGCUCAGAGCCAGCAUCUCAGCAAAAAGACGAUCAAUUUAGAAAAAACACAUCAAGCUUGGACCCACUUGACAGCGAGAGCUCUCCACAGGAAGGGAAAGCCCAAGAAGAGAAGGAGAGCUCUGUUUGUCAGACGGAAGAUUCUAAUGACAAAACAGUUGUUCAGCCCCCACUGGAGUCCUGUCCAGAGGUAUCAGAAAGCAGUGACAUCGAUGGCAUUGCAGAUAAAUGCACGGCUGAUUUUCAGUCGGGACCUUUACCUUUAAUAGGACACCAGAGAAACACUAACCUGGCAAUGGAGAAAUUCUUGGAUCCUACGCGCCCUUAUAAAUGUGACAUCUGUCAAGAAUCCUUUACACAAAAAAGCAUCUUAAUUGUUCAUUUCAAUUCAGUUUCUCAUCUUAAUCGUGUAAAGAAAACCUCUUCUGGCUCCUGUACGCCCCCUACCAUUUCAUUACCGGCAAAAGAAACAACAACUAGCAUAUCUCCACCCAUAUCAUUUUCUCAGCAGCCUUCCAUGAAUCCUGUUAAUACACUCCAAGGAGUGGAAAAGACUAGCCCCAGUCCCAGUUCUGAUAAGCCAUAUCGAUGUACCACAUGCCACGUGGCAUACAGCCAGAGUCUAACUCUUGAAAACCAUAUGCGCUCUGUACUGCACUAUAGCCGUUCAAGAGGGUCAAAUAACAAUGUUAGCAAUUGUCUUAAAGACCAAAGUAGUAGUAGCCCCCCUGCCAAAGACAAAGCCCUCUCAAAGCAGACUGUAGUUCAGAGUAUUGAAGAAACGGUUACUGCACCCCCAGUUUAUCUUUCACCACCUUCUUCUGCUAUGCCCUUACCCUGUUUAAUGCCUCAGACUGGCCUUGGGCCACUGCUUGUUCCUCAGCUGCCUUUGUUGCAACCAACUUUAGUACAUCCAGAUUCGAUGCAUCAGCAGGUGCUUCUACCAUUAUUUUUGAACAGUUUGAACAAGCUGGGAGGAAUAAGAGGUAUGCUUCCUCCUCCUCUUUCACUGCUGGGAUUGAAUUUGCAGGCUUCUCACCUCCAGGCAAUGAUGCAACACUUGGGCCAACACCAGCCAACACAAUCUGUGCAGAAUCUGCAUAAUGUAUAUCCUUUACUAAAUGAGUCAUGUGGCAAACCGGGAAAGACCCUGAAAGAAGAAACUCAACAAGGACAUGAAAAGACUCUUUGCCCUACUGAUCUAUCAAAACACAGUUGCAAACCCCAAAAAACAGGGAAGCAGGAUGACAAAGACAAAACAUUGAAAUUAAACCUAAGUGAACGGUUGGAAGCAAAGGACUUGUUUGAUGGAUUACUGCCUGCUUCUAUAGACUUGCGCAAGGAGGAACAACAUCAUCAACAGCCUAUAAAUCUCACAAAGCAUGGAAAUACACAUCAGGCACAGAGAAAUCUCUCUAAGAUGGAAACCUCAGAAGAUCAAACAGUAAGAGAAUGUGAGGGGGAGCGAGACCACAAUGACUCCUCUCCAGGAGAAGGUGCAAAGCGAGGAACUGAGGGUCAGAAGCAAGAUCCAUUAACUACUGCAAAGCAGGAAGCAGCACAUCAGUAUCGGACACUAUUGGAUAAACAUUGGCCACAGAGCCAAGAACUCAAAAAGUAUAAGGAGGAAGAGGAGGAAUUUCGGAAAGAGUGGCUCAGAUACAAUGAGCAACAACUACAAAAAUAUAGACUGAACCAGCUACAUUUGAAGUACUGCAGACAAGAAGACAAAGCACUAGAUGAGCUAGGCAGUAAACUACUGCCAAAUCAAAAGCAGCAAAGUUAUGAUAAGUUGGAGUGUAAUCUAACAGAAAAAUGUAGCGCUUCUCUACAUGCUAGAAGAAUUAAGAAUGACACCGGCCUAAAAGAGCUGACUGAUUUUCAGGAGGAGGUGCUGUGGGCCUUUCUAGAGUCAGAAAAGGAAGCAGCCUCGCCAGCUAAGACAGAAGAUCGGGAUGCCCUUUCCAAAGUACUAGGCCUCCCUGAGGAAGAAGUCAUUCGAUGGUUAGAAAGUGCAAGAAAGCAGAGUGUGAGCAAAAGUAGAAAGGCAGCCGAGGGAAAUGUUGCUGAAGAUAAAUCUAAGAAGAGAAAGAAGAAGGAAAUAGUUCCAGAAACAUAUUUAUGUAGUGAUGAGGAAUACGACAGUCAUGACCCAGUGGCUAUGGAACAUUUAGCAGGAUGUUCUGAAAAGAAAAUUAUUUCAAGUAAUGCAACUUCAUUGCAUGAAAGUAUCAAUAAAAUGGUAACAGAUAAAAAUGGAACUGGAAAUAAGUCGAGAGGUUUAAAAUGUGAUGAAAUUCGUAAAUCUGCUGCAAGUCGAGCCAGUGUGUUGGAAUGCUAUGUUACAACAGAAGAUGAGGAAGAUGAGGGAUUACAAGGCAGUGGUAACGACUUGACCAGAAGGGGAUCAAUCCAGUCAACAGAAGAUAGUGAAUCCAUAGAUGAUGAAAUUGAGCAAUCGCUGGAUGAGCACGAGGAUGAGAAUAAAGAAAAGAAACCCCUUGCUGCAGGCGCGUCAGUUACAGCAGUGAAAGAGUGUAAGAGUGAAACAGCAAAGCCUUGUCUGAAGAGAGACCGGGGAGGCCAUCAGGGCAAAACAGAUCCAGAAUCUUCACCUGUGAAAAAACCGAAACUUGAUUCCAAAGCAGCCGAGGAACGUAAUCCAUUGUCGACCGAUUUACAGUCUAAACCACCUGGUCAUCCCAUUUCAAGCUUGAAUCCUGGUCUUCUUCCAGCCUUAAACCUCCCCAUGAAUCCAUAUCUUUCGCCCUUCAUGAGACCAUGUUUGAUCCCGGCACAUGUUUCAGUCCUUAGAUCACCUCCUAGUAGUGGCGCAUCCCUGGGGUCACCACCUCCUCUCUCGCUUUUUCCUAAUAAGCCAGGAUUUAGUCAUCCGUUCACAUCUAAUGCACUCAGCCGUGAAGCUGAUGCAGAGAGCAAAGUAAAGAGCAAGCAAGAACAGCUCAGUGUGCCAUCAUUGAGUGGUAAGACGUGUACUGGUCAGGUAAGAAAAGCCAAUGAAGUUAGUGGGCUGAGCCAGAUUUCACAACUUGCAAAUGUUUUGGGAAAAGAAGAAGAAGAGAAAAAGGAAAAUGAAAAGAAGGAUGAGGAUAGCAAUGACAGUGAUAGCAAACUAAAUAAAAUGGACCUUCCUUUACAUACGGCAGCCAGCUUUGGCCGUUAUAAAACGAUACUGCCCUGUACAAAUAUAAAAGCAGAUAUUGACGACCCAGAGAAGAGCUCUUUUAAAAAAGACCCUAGUCGCAACAGUUUCAAAGACAGCAGACGCUCUCGAACUACUCUCCUUCCAGAGCAACUGGAUGUUCUGUAUGGAUGCUAUUACCGGGAUUCAAACCCUGCCAAACAGGAACUGGAACAUAUUUCUGAGUAUGUUAAUCUAGAAAAGAAAGUGGUUCAAAUUUGGUUUCAGAAUAUGCGAGCCCGAGAACGGAAAGGAGAAGUUCGCUUUUUUAGCGAUGGAACUCUAGCUGCUGUGGGGAAACCUCUUAUCAGGUUUACUUGGCCACCAGCGGAUUUAAUACCACUAAAGGCAAAGGAUCAUGACAGUCUGAGACAUAAAGGCCAAAGGUUGUAUUUUACAAGACCUGUACCUGCAGAAAGGGAGGGUGCUGCACACUCUACUUCCAAUAAAGCAGUUCCUCACAGUUCUCAGAUGACUUCAGGAACGUCAGCAGAUCCUGGUAAAAAUGAUGGAAAGGACUUGGAUGCAGAAAAAGGGGCAAGUUACCAACCCAAACAGUCAGCAUCUUUGAAUGACCAGUUGAGAGGUCAAAUUGUGCCAGCUCAGAAAAAGUUUGAGGAAAGCAAAGAAGGAGAGAGCAAUCCCAACACAGAUGAUAAGGCAGACGUGCCAUCUGCUGCUCCUGGCAAAACGGAGGGCACUACAAGUGUAAAACCGACUUGCCUCUCCAUCUCAGAGCGAGAAAAGUCAGGCGACGAUCAAGGAGAGUGUGAACCAAUGGAUUACUCCUUACCGUCAGAUACUCUUGGGCCAAGCAAAGCUUUACAAGCUGACUCUCACAUCAAGCCUUACCUGACUUGCCUGCAAGAAAAAAGAGAUGGUUUGAUGAAGGAGGGGGAAGCUAAGCAGAUGCCUCAUGUUCAGGCUCAGGCUCAGAAUCAGCGGCGCAGGUUUAGGACACACCUUUCUUGUUUACAACUGAAAAUGCUUCAGUCCUGCUAUGAUGUGUGCCGUACCCCCACUGCACAAGAAUGUCGAGACCUGGGUGAGGAAAUUGGUUUGCCCCAAAAAGUGGUUCAGAUCUGGUUUCAGAACGCCAGGGCCAAAGAGAGACGGUGUCGCUCGCAGCAAAUGGGUGGUGGCGGCUUUCAGUCUAGAGAGACAAAUGAAUUUUUUAAGCUACAGUGCCUGAAUGGAUUGCGAACCAAUAGGCCCAUUUUACCAAGACCGGCAUCUUCUAGACUGCAAUAUCCUAAUCCAGUGUCAACAUUGCCAGACAAUGUGGAAACAGAGUGCCUCUUGUGUCAUGUUGUUUUUGGAGUUCAGGGUUCCAGUCGAGUGCAUACAUUUUCAAAGAUGCACCUGACAAAACUAAAACAGUUGAACUGUGGAGAGUUAACCCACGAUACAGAAGAGCCAAGCUUAGUCCACACACCUCACCCAUCUCCACCAGAGUUACCAACGGUUCAUCAGAGUAGUGAGGAACCCUCACUUAAUUUGCCUGCUGCAUCCGCAUCUCCAGUUGUGAAAUCGCCAGUCCAGCUUGAGAGUCACGAGUCGUAAGCCUAUCUUGCAUGACCGUUUGUGUGUCCGUGUACACACUGAGCCAGAACACUACUGACUGUGGCUUUGAACCAAAGGGGAAAUACGCUGUUGGAGCAGAGAGAGACUAAGCUGCACAGAAGGACAGAAGUGGGAUCGACGUACUACAGUUUGUUUUCUUUUUGGAGGGGACUGCAGGUGGACAGAUUUGGAGAUGGACAGUGGAAAUGGGUGCAAUGGAUAAGUUUGUGUUUGCUGGUUCAUUGCUGACUGGAGUCAUUCCAGAUCUUUAAGAAUUAGGCUUUAUUACUAUUUAUUUAAUUAUAUGUUAAGCUCUGUUUAUCCAAAAGAUGGGUCUCUAUCCAAAUAAAAAGAUAUAAUGAUUUUAUUCAUUAUUAGAAAUAUCCUUAAAGAAAAAGAAAAAAAAACAAACAAUGUUGGCUUUGCCGGUUACUCGCUCAACACUCUUUUGCCCCGCUCAAGAUGUACAUUGAGCUGAAUUUCCCUAUCAGCCAGGCUGAGCGUAUACGUACAAACUAUACGCUCAUUUCACGCUUGAUUUCCAGAAAGAUAAAGGUACUAAAGAUCACAUUUCCUGUUCUGGGUGCCAUUCCAAAGCAAGUAUUGUCCCCAGUGGAGAGGUUAACUGUGCAGUGUAACACUGAGGAAGACGUCUUGAGUGUUAACCAUUGUGGCUGUGAUAAAACCAUCUGGUGUCUCUGAGAGCAAAAACAUCUUUUAACAGUUAGAUUGUGGAACAGCUUAUAUUACAGUGAGAAGGCAUCCUUUUGGCUCUGUUAGGACUAGUUAACUCACAGCCAGACAAAGCAAACCACCUCGUAAAAUUUUAUACCUUCCUACCUCAUAGGCAAAAACUGGCUGUGAAUAAAUAAAUAAAUAAACGUAAAAUAAAUGUCAAACAGAGGCCAAUGCAUGGACAGUCUGUCCAGGCUCUUCACUAUCGUGUUCAAAGCUGCAGGUUCCCAGACUCUGCCUAUUGUCUCUCCUGCACUGAGUGACCACUGUGAUGAAGGUGAAAAGAGCAGGUCUGCAGUUGAACUCUUUUGGAAGAGGGAGCGGGGAUACCAACGAAAAAACGUAUUUGUUUUGGAAAGUGGGAGUGGACAGGUGUAUCGUAUGACUUAUUUGUGACUGAUGUUAUUAAACAUAUUUUAUUUUAAAGCUCA